CUGUGAGCUUGUCAUUUCUUGGGUGCCUGACCUGAGGAGCCUUAUUCCCAGCCCAGGUCCCAGGGAAAGGCAGAGCCACCUAAUGGCUCUUCUCUCUGUGUAUGUUGUGUGGGUUGUGGGUUGUGGGUUGUGUACUCCGCCCCCGGUGCCCACCUUCCUUCCCUGACGCGCUGCGGCUGAAGGGCUAUUAGAAGAAGGGAAGGAGCAGAAGCAGCAGCAGCAGCAGCAGCAGCAGCAGCCUUGGUCCAUACAGGGCUCUCUGCGAAGGAGAGGGAGGAAGAGGAAGAGGAGGAAGAUUCAGAAGGAGGAGGAAGGAGAAAGUGAGGAGGAGGAGGAGGAGAAGAGAAGAGAGGAGGCAUCUGAGGCUAAGGGGAGAAGGGGGCUGAGGAGUCCGGGCUGCUUCCUUCCUUCCUUCCUUCCCUCCGGGGGAUGAUGGCCCCGGUCCUGCUCCGCUGAGGAUGGAGGGCAAGAACGGCUCCUGGCCUUCCUCCUCUGCUGCUCCUCCGCCGGAGGAGAACCCCUUCCUGCAGCCCGGCUGGCAGGUGGGGCUGUGGGCGCUGGCCUUCGGGGGGGUGGUGGCGGUCUCGGUGUCGGGCAACGCGGUGGUGAUCUGGAUCAUCCUGGCCCACCGCAGGAUGCGGACCGUCACCAACUUCUUCCUGCUGAACCUGGCCGCCUCCGAGGCCUCGCUGGCCGCCCUCAACACCUUGGUCAACUUCACCUACGCCCUCCACAACCACUGGUACUACGGCAGCCUCUACUGCCGCUUCCAGAACUUCUUCCCCGUCGCCGCCCUCUUCGCCUCCAUCUACUCCAUGACCGCCGUCGCCCUCGACAGAUACAUGGCCAUUAUCCACCCGUUGCGACCCAGACUAUCAGCAACAGCCACCAAAGUCAUCAUCUUCAUCAUCUGGGCCUUCGCUUUGCUGUUGUCGUUUCCGCAAGGCUACUAUGCAACAACAGCCGACCUGCCCGGGCGCGUCGUAUGCUUCGUGGAAUGGCCAGAAAACUCCACCAAGGUCUAUGAAAUAACGUACCACUGCUGUGUGACUCUGCUGAAUUACGUUAUCCCUCUCAUAGUGAUCGGCUAUGCCUACACCGUGGUUGGCAUCACGCUCUGGGCCAGCGAAAUCCCAGGGGACUCCUCCGACCGCUACCAUGAGCAAGUGUCUGCUAAGCGCAAGGUUGUCAAGAUGAUGAUCGUUGUGGUCUGCACCUUUGCGAUCUGCUGGCUGCCGUUCAAUGUCUACUUCCUCCUGCAGUAUUUCAACAUAGAUUGGUACCAGCAGAAGUACAUCCAGCAGGUCUACCUGGCCAUCUUGUGGCUGGCCAUGAGCUCCACCAUGUACAACCCCAUCAUUUAUUGCUGCCUCAAUGAGAGGUUCCGCAUGGGCUUCAAGCACGCUUUCCGGUGGUGCCCUUUCAUCCACGCCGGUGAAUACGAAGGACUGGAGAUGAAGUCGGCCAGGUACCUCCAGACGCAGAGCAGCAUGUACAAGAUCAGCCGGAUGGAGACCACUGUUUCCUCUGUGGUUGGCAACCCGGAGGAGGAACUCGAGGACAGCAGCAAAAUUAAGCGCCUCUCAGUAGAUCUGGCCUCCAACGGUUCCUCCCGCAGCGACACCAAAACGGUCUCGGAGAGCUUGAGCUUCUAUUCAAACACACUUUCCUGAUCCACCUGUCCAUCUGAGCAAACUGCCAUGGUCAAGCGUGUGACUGGUGUAUAUGUCUCUAGCAAAUAUUCUGCUCUUCCUUUGUAACAACAGUGAUGACAACCUCUUUCUCUUCUCUCCUUUCUAAUUCUGGCCAUUGGUGGUAUCUUCCACAAUGUCCUGCUGCCAGACUUUGGCUGGUCAAAUGACUCCAAGAGGAUGCUCAGCUUUGGUUCUAAUGUUGCACACUGAGAUGGAUGCCUUUCCCAAGGGCCACACUUACCCCGCACCUUCUAAGAAAAGCUUCUCUUUUGCUCCAGCUGACUGUGUAAACUGGCUGCGAUGUGUCUUUGCCUGGCAUGGAGUUCUCUCAUCUACCUGGCUUUGUGAGACAGAGGCUGUUUGGCAGGAAAAGGAACUCACCUGUGGGCUACGACCCAACUGCCUAUGGAUAGACAGACACCAUUAAUGGUGCCUCUCUUCUCUCCUGCUCUUUGCAGGAGGAGUGGCUGGGAUUGGCAAAGGACCAAAAGCAAAACGAGGGUGUAGUCAUCCCCUGUGGCAGAGAUGGACGGAUGCUGCCUUUAAAUGAGAUUAAGCUGAGUGGGAUAUGUCAAGGAAAAGCAAACUUGUAAAGAGAAACGGGACAUGUAUGGGACUGAAGGAGAAGUGUGUGUGUGUGUGUGUGUGUGUGUGUGAGAGAGAGAGAGAGAGAGAGUAUGUUGCAAUCCUGCUUAACACAAGUGUAACAUAAAACUACCUGUGUGUUGACAUGGAGGGAGAUGGUGAAGGUGACCACAGGGGUGAGGUCCAAGUGGCUAGUGGCUCCUCAGCCAUCCACUUUGGCUGCUCCAAGGAAGUUCCAGCAGUUUCUGUGCAGACCUGGGGCCUUGCACCUUGUGCUGCAGGUGGCUGGGAAACAGCUUAUGUGAGAGUGUAACUCUGUACACAACUUCGGUAUAACUGCCAGUGCAGCCAAAUUACACCACUGUCGUGCUCUGAGAGUGUUCCUACAGGGUUUAUAAGGUGCAAUCAGCCCUCCCUUCCAGAGAUAGAAGGAUGGGGAUGAUGCGGAAGGGGCCUCAUGGCCUUCCCAAAUGUCCCAGGGGCUGGGGACGCGAAAAGGCUGUGGGAGGGAGAGAACAAUGGGUUUGAUUAGGGCCGAACUUUCCGCAGGGGAGGUGGGACCGUUUUCUUCGCUCAUUAGUGAACGCUUCUCUAAUGAGGGGACAAGAGAAAAUAAAAAUGAUUGAGUGACAUGCGCAGAACACUAAAAGACUGCAGGAGCGCCUCCUCCUGCAAAGCCACCCUAACAGCCACGUGACACCUGUGGGGUGUGUUGUUUUGCACUCACAGUGGAAAGUGCUGUCCCACUGGCACAUUCACUGACCGUUCUGAACAAUAGGGGAAAGAACAGAGCACCCGGCUGCAAUGUACACCGGUGGCAUGGGGCUGGCACAGCUAAGCACCAUCCUACCCAGGACUGUCAGGACCAAGGACAGUGAGACAAAGAUGAGAAUGAUGUCCGAAGCAUGAUGUGAAGGACAGAAGACUAAUUUUGGACGACAGGAUGCUUGAACAUCUACUAGACUCCAUGCCCAACAUUAGACUCAAGGCCCAUCUAUUCCCAGUUGAGGCCAGCAGAACAUGGGGGCCUAUUAGCCCUCUCCUAUUGAGGUUGCCCACCAGUGCAUGCUCCCCAGUUGUAGAGCAUUGUCAGACCAGUGAAGCAUACCUUAAGGCCAGUUCCCAUUUGCAUAUGCAUCUUUUGAUGGUUGCAGAAUCAAAUGGUGCCUUUGUGUGCAAUUGGGCCGCUCCAAGGAACAUUAGGGUCACCUCCGUCCCCCAAUAGUAAUUCCAUUGAAACGUGAAACAUCUAGUGUUGAACCAUUCAUUGAGCAAUGGAAAUUCCACGUGUGAACGAAUCCUAAAAUUCAAGGGCCGUAAUCCUAUGAGUUACUCCUAACUAGAGUAAACCCACUGAAUCAAUUCCUGACUGAGGAGCCAACCCAGAGGUGAAUCCCCUUGAUUCCUUGGGUAUCUGUUUCAUUUGGGAGUAGGGUUGGGAGGCCAAGACGUCUAUGGAGGACAGAAGAGUAUUAUUUUGAAUCUCGAGGACAGAAGAACAUAUUUUGCCUAUCUCACAUUGUAUGUAAUUUUUUGUGCAUAUUGUACAACUGCCAAGACCACUUUGUAUGUGCCAGGGUGUUUCUACUUACAUUUUCUUUACUUAAAUUGUAAAGAAAGAAUGUGUAGCUUUUGCUGUGAAAUGAGGGGGAAAGGAGAGGAUGGCAUACUUGACCUGUACGCUGUUAU